UAGAUAUUGAAAAUCGGAAGAGCAUUUAGCAGUAAAAUAACACCUUCUCCUUGUUUCUUAUUUGUGAUACUCUAGGAGAAGAGCGAGAAGGCAUGGCAGGAGAGGAAGAUGCAGGGGAGUUCUACUUGCGAUAUUAUGUUGGUCACAAAGGCAAGUUCGGCCACGAGUUCCUUGAGUUCGAGUUUCGUCCUGACGGCAAGCUUCGUUAUGCUAACAAUUCCAACUAUAAAAAUGACACCAUGAUUCGUAAGGAGGUCUUCCUCACCCCCGCCGUUCUUCGCGAGUGUCGUCGCAUCAUUUCCGAGAGCGAGAUUAUGAAGGAAGAUGAUAACCUCUGGCCAGAACCUGACGUUAUUGGGAGGCAAGAGCUGGAGAUUGUGAUGGGCAAUGAGCAUAUCUCGUUUACAACUUCAAAAAUUGGUUCACUUGUUGAUGUCCAGAGUAGUAAAGAUCCUGAAGGACUUCGCAUCUUCUACUAUCUUGUUCAGGACUUGAAAUGUUUUGUAUUCUCACUGAUCUCACUUCACUUCAAAAUCAAGCCAAUCUGAGUUAAUUCCAUCAUGUGCUAUCAUAUCCUGGAGUAGCUGGUGGAUGUUGGUUAUAUGUUUGCACAGAACUGGUUGUUCGCCUGCUGAUGUAUGUUGAUUGAAAUGUGCCCACAUGUGAUUGAAACGGAGUGGAUUGGGGGUUUCCAUAAUUGAAUGGGAUUGAGUUAGUAUGUCUCUUGUAUCUAACUUGGUUUGGCCGUUUCUGGAUGUUCUUUUUUGGCAUCUUGUGUUUUUGGAGAGUUUAUGACGUUUGCAAUUUAAGAAAUAUUCAGCACUCGAUGUUUAUGCUUA